AUGGACAAGACACCCUCGACGUCCGUCGACGACCGGCCAGCCACGGCCAAGUCGAUCCAUCCUACAAUCAAGACGGGCUCCAACGUCCCCAAUAUGAACGGCCCGCUCUACAUGCAAACCUCGAGCUCCAGUGCCGUCCUCGUUCGUAGGACGAAGCGAAAAGACGAGGGCACCUGGAAACAGCUGUCGCGCUGGUUUGUCGAGAACCAAAUCGGUCUCUCGGCUAACCUCCUCGCUUUGCUCUUCCUCGCCAACGCCUUUAUCCCCAAGGCCCGCGAGUACACCAACAAGUUCUUCCACCUCUCGUACUUUAACCCACAUACUGGCAAUUAUGCCAUUGGCGCUGACGAUGUCCACGUCAUUGUCUUCUUCAUCGUCCUCUUUACCGGCCUCCGCGCCGGCUGUAUGGAGUACAUGCUCGCGCCAGUCGGCCGGUCUCGCGGCAUCAUCAACCGCAAGGACUUGACCCGAUUCACUGAGCAGGGCUGGCUCUUUGUCUAUUACAGUGUCUUUUGGACCAUGGGCGCCUACAUCUAUUACCAGUCCCCGUAUUGGCUCAAUAUGCGUGAGCUUUGGACCAACUGGCCCAACAGGGAAAUGGAUGGCCUCAUGAAAGGCUACAUUUUGGCGCAGUGGGCUUUCUGGCUCCAGCAGAUCAUUGUCAUCAACAUCGAGGACCGUCGCAAGGACCACUGGCAAAUGUUUAGCCACCACAUCAUCACCACCCUUCUCAUCUCCUCCUGCUACUGCUACCACCAAACCCGUGUUGGCAAUCUUAUCCUCGUCAUCAUGGACGUCGUUGACCUAUUCCUCCCCGCUGCCAAGUGUCUCAAGUACAGCGGCUUCACUACUGCAUGUGACUACGUCUUUGGCCUGUUUAUGAUUUCAUGGUUCGCGGCGCGUCACGUCAUUUACAUGAUGGUCUGCUGGUCAAUCUAUGCGCAUAUUCCCGAGGUCCUGUCUUAUGGCUGCUACACCGGUACCAAUGCCAAUCUUGUCGGUCCUCAUGACCCUCCCCAGGGUAUGGGAUAUCUUCUUGAACCCUACUACAACAGCACCGGCAAUGUCUGCUUCAACGACUCUAUCAAGUGGGCUUUCCUCGCUCCUCUUCUCGCCCUGCAGGUCAUCACCAUUAUCUGGUUCACCAUGAUUAUUCGUGUUGCCGUCAAGGUGUUGCGUGGUGACGGCGCCGAAGACACGCGCAGUGACGACGAGGACGACGAGGAAGAGGAGGAAGAGGAGUACAUCUAUGAGGAGGCUUUGGAGGAGGACGUGGGCGUUGAGGCUCUUGACUUUAAAAGCUGGGAGCGUCGGUCUGGCAUCAAGCGGCAGGCUAACAGCUCUGGCGUCAAUCUGUCCGGACCCAGCGACCGCAAGGAGCUUCUGGGCCGAAUUGGCUGCGAGAAGACGGUCGAGUAA